AUGGAUCCGCCCGCGCAGACAGAAGUCUGCAAAGCGCAGACCUUGGAGGAGCUGGUCGCGAUCCUGCACCAGCUGUUUGCCGGCGAGAAAGUCAACGUGGCAGAAGUGCAGAGCGUGAUGGACUCUUACGAGAGCCACCCCGAGGAGUGGGCCCACUUUGCCCAGUUUGACCAGUUCAGGUAUACAAGAAAUCUUGUGGAUAAAGGAAAUGGAAAGUUCAAUUUGAUGAUCUUAUCCUGGGGAGAAGGACAUGGCAGCAGCAUCCAUGAUCACAUGGAUUCACACUGCUUUAUGAAGAUCCUUCAAGGUAAUCUGAAGGAGACGCUGUUUGAAUGGCCUGGCAAAAAGGGAUGUGGAGAGAUGGUGAAGAAAUCAGAGAGAGUUUUGAGGGAAAAUCAAUGUGCCUAUAUAUCUGACUGCAUUGGCUUGCAUCGUGUGGAGAACCCAAGCCAUACAGAAACUGCUGUUAGUCUUCAUUUGUACAGUCCACCCUUUGAAACCUGCCAUGCCUUUGAUCAAAGAACUGGACACAAGCAAAAAGUUAAAAUGACAUUCUAUAGCCAGUUUGGAGAGAGGACUCCAUAUGCAGCUUCAGUUUCACAAGAGAACAACUGAGGAGCACAAUGCCUGCUGACUUGUGG